UUCACGGAAGUUCGUUACGUGGCGCUACGUAGGAUUUUCUGAAUUUGGCGCGACGACUGCACGGGGUGCACGCACAGUUUGAUGUGGACACGGAGACUUUCGCAUUCCUUUUGAGUGAAUCAUCAUUACCAUAAUAUACUUUGUGUGCACACGGUUUUCAGAGGGAGGAACGGGCAGGGUCCCAACACAAUGUCACUGGCAGUAGAAACCACGGUCUCCAGGAUGUCCCUCCCUCUUCCAACCCACUUCUCUCACGCCGAGCAGUCUUUCUCCCUAAAGAAGCGCCGUAUGCCUUUUUCCUCAUCAUCGACAUCCAACUCCUCAUACGCUUCCCCUGCUCGCCUGUCACAUUCCCUUCCCCCUGUACCGCCAUCCAAGGGAUGUCUACCUGUGAGCAGGGUGUUCUCCCAGCCUCCAUCUCCCUGGACACCCCUGUCUGGUUCCCUUAGAAAGUCACCCCCUCCUAAGUCUGUGUAUGAUCCCAGCAAACAACAGUCCUAUUUCACUCAGUGUUUCAUUAAUCUGGGCCUUCUUGGAAGAGGAUCCUUUGGUGAGGUCUACAAGGUGCAAAGCAAAGAAGAUGGUCGUCAGUAUGCAGUGAAGCGCUCUGCUCAGCGCUUCAGGGGUACUAGUGAAAGGAACCGUAGCGUAAAAGAAGCCAGGAACCACGAGCGCCUGGUUCCUCACCCUCACAUACUGAAUUUUGUGGCAGCCUGGGAGGAAUGUGGCCGACUUUACAUUCAGACAGAGCUCUGUAGCACCAGCUUGCUUCUCCAUGCGGAGGACAAGCCACCUGGCCCAGAUGAGCCUGCGGCAUGGGAUUACCUUUGUGACCUGCUCUCUGCACUGCAGCACUUGCACUCUCGGGGUUUUGUCCAUCUGGACCUGAAGCCUGCCAAUGUCCUCAUCACUGACUCUGGCUGUCUCAAGCUGGGAGACUUUGGGCUAUUACUUGAGCUCAAACAAAAGGGUACAGAGCAAGUAGAGGGGAAAGGGAAAGAUGAUGCUCAGGAGGGAGAUCCCAGAUACAUGGCUCCUGAGCUGCUCCGUGGGGAGUAUGGACCUGCUGCAGAUGUUUUUAGUUUGGGUGUUACCAUCCUGGAGCUCGCCUGUAAUAUUGAGGUUCCAAAUGGUGGAGAAGGGUGGCAACAGCUCAGACAAGGCUGUCUUCCCUCAGAGUUUACUAGUGGCCUGUCAACUGAGUUGCAGACAGUACUGCAGAUGAUGCUGAGCCCAGACCCCUCUAAGAGGCCAACUGCCUCUGAGCUUCUUGCCCUCCCUUGUGUUAGGAAACACAGGUGGAAAAGGCGCAUUUAUCUUAUGGCUGCUAACACAGUGUUGACACUAGUCUCCUUCUGCCAGGUGGUCGUGUGCUUUGGUUGUAGAGUACUGUCCUCCUUCCACUUUCUUCCUCAUUGGACCAAACCAGUACCCUGCACGCCUCCCAGGGAUAGUUGGGACAGGGAUUUGACCCUGCCCCUAAGUGCAAUGCAAGCUGACUCAGGCAGCCCAGACGAUGAUGCAGUCUUUCUGUUGGCUCCCACAGAUGCGACUGAUCUUUCUCCCAGCUUUUUGCACAGAUUGAAAUCCAGAGUGUCCAUGGAAAGCACAUCUACACCUCUCCCAGGCUCACCAGCACACAUUCGUCGAAGUCCUGCCCACACACCAAAUAACUCAAUUUUCGAUGGCUGGUCCUCCUUGGCUCAGACUCCAUCUAGUAUUCACUCAAAUGGAUCCUGCCACACAUUGACCCCCAACGCAAGUCCCAUACAUACAAGUGACAUAAAAGAAAACCUCCGAGUCAGCCAACUUCAGAGUCAUCAUUCUUCAUCCAGCAGGAGCUCACAGCAACGUAGUCGCAACUGGGUCCUCACAGAGGAGGUCUUACCCCGGCCUAACUUUGAACCGAAAAACCUGCUCAGUCUGUUUGAGGAAACAACUGUAGAUGGACAACCAUAAAUAUAACACUGCCACUCACACGGAUGAUGUUUUUCAUCCUCUAUUCUGGAAAACAACUAUAAAAUGAGUCAUUAUAAAGGGAAAAUUAUAACGUUAACUGCUUUAUUUGUAUGGAAUGUUUCCUGCCAGUUUCCAACGUUCCUACUACAGUUCAAAGUAGUGUGUAUUUAAAAAAAGAACACGUGAGCAAAAGGUUUUAAAGGACCUUCAUGUACUUUUAAUGUUUGUGUAAAAACAAUCUGUCGUCAUGGUUUAUUGUAAGCAUCAGCAUCUUUGCGCUUGAGUCAUGUACCUCAAAGUGGCAAAGGAAAAUAAAUCUAAGAUGUAAAUGUGAA